AUGUCAAAUGCUAGUAGUACAAGUAGCUCGAUAUCAAAUUAUCAAAUUACUUUAGCAUUUUUAAUGUCUUUACUAGCUUUUGCCACAAUGCUAGGAAAUGCUGUGGUUAUUUUAGCUUUUGUAGUGGACAAAAACCUUAGACAUCGAAGUAAUUUUUUUUUUCUUAACUUGGCCAUUUCUGAUUUCUUCGUGGGUAAGUUGUGUCUUUAUUUAAAAUAA